GUAAACAGAUGUAUUGAUGUUUUAAACAAUAACCCGCUCUGAGUUUACUUUCAGUGGGACCUUUGUUUGUAAAUUACGUAUGACGUUUAGCUUCGUUGCUAACACAACUGAUUGUACUAGCUAACAUCGGCUAAUGUUUCCUCAGAUCAAAGAUGCACAAGAUGGUAAACCGUUCAGAACUUCCUUGUUAGUGUUAGCCGCCGAUCUGGGAGAAGUUUGCUUCUGGUUUGCAUGAUAGCCUAUCAGAGUUUGGGUUUUUAAACACAUUUCAGCAUAUUUUGUAUGUUUGUUAACCACACUGUACUUGAUAUAUAACACAAAUGCAAUGCUUAGUUAGUGUUUAAUACAAAGUUAAGUAGAUACUUCUGUCCUUAUGCAGAAGCCAACGUUAGCUAUGGUUCGUUUCCUUCUAGCAUGUAUACAGUAAGACACUGGUAAGUUGACUGCACUAUAUUAAUGAUGUUGUGUUGACCGACUUAUAUUUAAUAUGACACUAGCAACAUUUUCAUUGUACUAUCUUGUAAAGUAGCUAGAGUGGCUGGUUUCUAUCUCGUCUUUCCAAACGUCUUUGGCUAAACUUCCAGAUUCAAAAUCAGAUUGUCGUAACGGUUGUUGUCGUCACAAGCUCUUCCACUAAGUGACGCAUCAUGAAACGUGCCGGUGAUGGUGAGGAAGCUCCCGGGCAGAAUGCCUCUGCAGGCCAGAGGAAAUCUGACCAAAGUGACGGGGACAACAGUGGUUGUGACCUCGGCCAAGCUGACAUGCAAGAUGAAGACAAUAACCCGGGAAUCCGGAGGGAAAUACGGAGCAAGUACAGAGAACUCAUCCAGUCAGUGCAACAGAAUAGGGAAGACAUGCUGAGUCCCUCCAACAACAAGCUCACAGAAGUUUUAGAAGAGGCAAACAAACUUUUUAAAGAUGUGCGGCAGCCGAGAGAAGCUGCUCUGGAUGCUCAGCUCCUCGUUGUGACCACAGACCUCGGCAAGGAGAAAGCCAGCCAACUUGCCGCGGAGGGCGCUGCUUUUGAUCCCACUGCUUUCACUGAACACCUUCUGUCCUACAUGGGUCUGAACCGACUGAACGACGGGGAGGACGAGCAGCCGAUCGGAGCAGCUAUUGGCUACCUGCCUCCGGAUGCUUGGCACAAAGUGGCCCAGAGAGCAGAGAGCUGUUUCAGGGCAGCCCCCUCCUUCCACUACAUGAUGGGCUCGUUCCAUGCAGAGCCGCCUCCUCCAAAGCAAAGGAUGGAGCGGCAGAGGAAGCCCCCCAGCAAAGAAGUCAAAAGGAUAAUGCCUACUCAGCUGAAGAAAAUGGAAGGCUCCCAUCAAGAAGCGACAGAGAAAGAGGUGGAGAGGAUCCUGGGAUACCUGAAGACGUAUUACCAAGAUGAUCCAACAUCACCAAUAUCCUAUUACGAGUUUGUCAUCGACCCCAAGUCGUUUUCCCGGACAGUUGAGAACAUUUUCCACACGUCCUUUCUCGUCAGGGAUGGGCUGGCUAGGAUGUAUUUCGAUAAUUACAAAUUACCUUGUAUAGCUCCAGUGGAGGAGGGAGAGGUGGAAGCUGGAGGAUCAAGCAUCCGUAAACAGUGCAUUGUCUCCAUCAGCCCAAAACUAUGGAAGGAACUUAUAGAGGCCUACGACAUCAGGAACACAUUGAUCCAGCCUUCAAACGCGCAGCCUGAGUGAUGGACCCUGCCGCCUUUUUUGUUUGUUGAAUUGUUAGAAAUUUGCGGCCAAGAUCACUCUUGUAAAUACACACAGCAGUGACUUAUUACUGUUGCACAUAUCGAUUUCAUCUGGGCUUUUUACUGUUGUUAAAGUUUGAAUAAUAAAAGGAAAAAAAGGAGAAA